UCGGGACUUCAUCUACGUCAUCACGCACGGCCCGGUUACGCUCCACCUGACCGCGCACGUUCGUAUCUGGUGAAUGACAGAGCAGCACAGAUCGCUGCUGAAGUUGCCGAAAGUGGAGUGUUUUUGUGCAGAAGGAGAUUUACGCUUUUCACGGACGAGGAUAAAGAGUGAGGAUUGCUAUUUUAUUCCACACACGUGCUGAGAAAGCUGUCCUCGUAAGAGCAACUACGAGGAUCAACACAAUGUCGUCUAGUGAGCCCAUCAUCCGCUCGAGGCAGACCGAGAAAGAAGUCAACGGAGUUUCUACCCAGGUCGUCUGUACCGAGUUCAGCAAUUACAUCUUCAUAGUUCUCACCCAGUACGGAAAAAUGGGGACACUGAUAUCUGUCACACCGGACACCAGAUCUAAUGAUAUCAGCACCCCAGCAUUCUCCACCAAAGUCCUGCUGGGCAAAGACGAGCCACUGACACAUGUUUGCGCAAAAAACCUGGCAACUUUUGUAUCACAAGAAGCUGGCAACAGGCCCGUCUUAAUGGGUCUGUCCCUCAAGGAUUCCUCCAUAGAUGCAAUUAAACAAAUGAAAGAGAUCAUCAGAAGCUGCAAAGUCUGGUAGGGAGUCAACGGAAUGGACACAAAGCCUGAAGCCUGAAGGCUGGCUCCAAUGCAGACCAUCUGUGUUUUUGCAAAUGUCGCAUUUUUGUACAUGUUCUUUUUUUUUUUUUUUUUUCUCCAACUGAAGGUCUUUACGAUUUAUUAAAAUUGCCAGUCUAAAAUUUGAAGAGGGCAAAAAGAAACCUGCUGGUUAUGCAAGAAUGAAGU